UAGAGAGAGAGUGCGAGAGAGAGGCGAGUAGAGGCACUCAGAGAUUGAGAAUGGAACAUCAGUGAGACCGAGCCAGCAUAAGAGCGAGAGAACGCGAGAAAGCUCACGCUGAAAGAGUCUACACAUCAACAGGAGAGAGAAGCAACACUGACCAUCGGCAACUCUGAAGAGUGACAUAGAGAGAAGGAGAGAGAGAAGAACAAAAGGAAAAGAAGAAGAAGAGGAGGAAGACUGGACAGAAGAGUUAAAGCUAUAUCCCUGACAGCAGGGACAUCAUUGAGGGACUGUAGCACCCAUCCAGAACUGCACAGAAGAGCACUGUUGUGUGUGUUUGUGUGUCAACUUCAAUUUCACACACUCGUCCACUGUGUUUCAGAGGUUCACCCUCUUCCUCUCCAGCCAUGAUCCCCUGGGUCGUUGUGUUCCUGUGGAUCUCUGGACAUGGGGUCCAGGCCACGUUUUCCCAGCAGCCCCAGGACCUGGUGGUGGUGGCUGGCCAGCCCGUCACCCUGCCCUGCUCCAUUCCUGGCUACCAUGGUGUUGUUCUGUGGAUAAAAGAUGGCCUGGCUCUGGGCGUUGGCAGAGACCUAUCAGGCUACCCUCGUUACACAGUGAUUGGGGACCACAGUACAGGGGAACACCACCUUCGGAUCCAACGUGUGGAGCUGAUGGAUGACGCUGUCUUUGAGUGCCAGGCAAUCCAGGCAGCCAUGAGGUCCCGCCCUGCCAGACUCACUGUGCUGGUGCCUCCUGAAGACCCAGUGAUCAGUGGUGGUCCGGUGGUGAGCCUGAGAGCAGGAGAUCCCCUAAACCUGACCUGCCACGCUGACAACGCCAAGCCAGCCGCAUCAAUCAUCUGGAUCCGCAAUGGAGAGGUUCUCAAUGGAGCCAUGUACUCCAAGACACUGCUUCGUGAUGGAAGGAGGGAGAGUACGGUUAGCACCCUCUACCUGUCUGCAUCCAACAUCGAGACAGGCCAGCAGAUCAUCUGUCGAGCAUCUAACAAGGCUGUGCCCAACGGCAAAGAGACCAGCGUCAACAUCGACAUCCAGCAUUUGCCACUUGUCAAUCUGUCAGUGGAGCCUCAGCCCAUUCUGGAAGGAAACCUGGUCAAGUUCCACUGCUCAGCCAAGGCUAACCCACCCGUCACACUGUACAGGUGGGCCAAAGGAGGCAACGUGAUCAAGGAGUUCUCUGGGGACACUUAUGAGGUCAUUGUGGACCACUCCUUCUUCACUGAGCCUGUUUCCUGUGAGGUCACCAACCCCCUGGGCAGCACCAACAUAAGCCGCAACGUCGACGUCUACUUUGGUCCACGCAUGGCUGCAGAGCCCCAGUCCUUACAGGUGGAUCUGGGGUCUGAUGCUGUGUUCAACUGUGCCUGGACUGGAAACCCCUCCCUCACAAUCGUCUGGAUGAAGAGGGGCUCUGGUGUGGUACUAAGCAAUGAGAACAUCCUGACACUCAAGGCUGUGAGGCAGGAAGAUGCUGGGAAAUAUGUGUGCCGUGCCGUGGUCCCGCGAGUCGGCGCCGGGGAGAAGGAGGUUUCUCUCACCGUCAACGGCCCACCCACCAUCUCCAGUACCCAGACACAUCAGGCUCUCCACGGGGAGAAGGGGGAGAUCAAGUGCUUCAUCCGGAGCACUCCACCUCCAGACCGCAUUGCCUGGUCAUGGAAGGAGACAGUGCUGGAGUCAGGGACGUCUGGCCGUUACACAGUGGAGACGGUCAGCACCGAGGAAGGGGUCAUCUCUACUCUGACCAUGAGUAACAUCGUCCCUGCAGACUUCCAGACCAUCUACAACUGCACAGCCUGGAACAGCUUUGGGUCUGACACGGAGAUCAUCCGCCUCAAGGAACAAGAGACUCUCCCGGUGGCGGUCAUCAUCGGGGUGGCAGUCGGGGCCUUAGUGGCUUUCAUCGUCCUCAUGGGAACCAUCGGAGCUUUCUGUUGUACCCGCUCUCAAAGAAAGGAAGCGCACCUGGUUAUGCCCUCACUACCCGUCUCCAUCUGUGCUCACCAGAGAGAGCUUGCAAGCAAAAUUAAGACAGAAAAUCUAAAAGGGGUGGUGUCGGCCAAGAACGACAUCCGAGUAGAGAUUGUCCACAAAGACCACAAUGCUGCCCGGGAAAACGAGGAGCACACCGCCAUGAAGCAACUUAUGGUGAGUGUAGAACGUGGGGAGUUCCAGCAGGAGUCAGUGCUGAAGCAGCUAGAGGUGCUGCAAGAGGAUGAGAAAGAGUACCAGCAUAUCAAGGACCCCACCAAUGGAUACUACAGUGUUAACACCUUCAAGGAGCACCACUCCACCCCCACCAUCACCCUGAAAGGUAACCAGACUACAGAGACACGGAAUCCCACCGCUGCCACCACCGGGGGCAAGCAGCGGGUACCCACGGGCAUGUCCUUCACCAACAUCUACUCCACCCUAGGUGCCGGGCCAAACCGUCUGUACGACUACAGCCAGCGCUUCGUGCUGGGCAUGGGCAGCAGCUCCAUCGAGCUGUGCGAGAGAGAGUUCCAGAGAGGAUCACUCAGCGACUCCAGCUCCUUCAUCGACACGCAGUGCGACAGCAGCGUCAGCAGCUACAGCAAGCAGGAUGGCUACGUGCAAUUUGACAAGGACAGCAAGGCCUCCGCCUCCGCCUCCUCCUCAUCCCACUACUCCCAGUCCUCCUCCCAGAACUCAGACCUCACACGGCCCCUCCAGAAGCGCAUGCAGACCCACGUCUGACCUGACCGUCAGAGAAGGCCUGCCUGUCCUGGGGCAUCCAGCCAUGGGUUGGGACUAUGGGAAACACAGCUUCCUGAGACCGAGAAGGGACCUACGUUUCAAAGCACAUGAUGUGUUCGUGGGAAGCCUUGAAAUAGGUGGCUUUAACUCACAUUGGACUUGUUCAGACUUCUCUGUGUUCCAACCAGUGGAUCAAGAAGCCUUGCAUUCCCCCCACGUCUCCUCCUAAGCUCAUCAGAAACCACCUCCUGUUGCCCAGUUUUCCACUAACCCAUAAACAUACAGUAGCUGCGCCAUAGAGAGGUAUUUUGCCAACAUGGACACAACUCAAGUGUGGAGGUGGUUGCUGAACUGAUUUCAGUGGAAAUAGGAUCCCAUAUAAGACAGCAAAAUAACCAAACACUGAGGCUCGGGACUAGGAGUCUUGGUCUACAGCAAGUUCUCUUUCAAACAAAGCGAGACCACUCUCUUAUGGGUGACAAAAGUAACCCAUCACUUGGUACGUGUAAGCCAAUAUUCUGCUGCUCUCUUGUUGUUCUAAGCACAACUGUGAAUGUGUAUUAAUGGUCAAAGCUUUUCUUCUCUCUUAUCCCCUCUCUACCCCCAGCAUCCGCUCACACACACUGUAUGUUAAGCUUGGCUGAUUCAACUUCAUCCCGUGUGUGGGUGGAGUAAAACUCUCCAAAUUUGCCCAGACUUGCCAAACAAUUAACCGAUGCCAGUCUUUUCCCCGGGCUCCCAUCUCUCAGAACUCUGCAGAUAAGGAGGCCCGUGAUCUCAACCGGAAAGCCUGGGUCGUCUUUUCACAGUUUGCCACUCUGAGAUAAAGGAAUAAUAUCAGUGUACAUUAUGCAUAUUUUAUUCAGCAUUCUUUAUUUUUAUUUGGCUGUUUGAGUUCACUUGUUCUGAGGUCUCGGGAAUAGAGUUGUUCCCCUUUUUUUGGUCUUGCCUUGAGUGGGACUAUUUGAAAUGCCCAGAGAUAUUUCAGGAGAUUCAGAAUUCAGCAUUCAGAAGUUGAACAGGAUAUGUUCUAAUUUGAAGAAGGGGAUUGGUUACUCAGUCAACCUGUUGGCACCAUGCCAGCUCAAAUGGAGGAGAGCAUAGCUGCCUGACUAUAAUGUGUGCCCUACCCAUGUAAUGUGAAGUCUCUCAUACUAUAUGCUUUAGAUCAUCAGCCAUGUCCACAGGAUAGAAUGCUGCCUGCGGAACCAAAUGUAAACACUGUGUACUGUAAAAGAGCUUCUCAUCAUCAUGUGACUUUCCCAAAUACCAUGUUAACACUGGAGCUCAGUCAAUCCAGACUGUAUACCUACUGUGAUCUAGCUGCUCAUCGAUGGAAAUGGAUAGGAAUAUAUUAUGUACAUUUUUAUUUUUAUUUCCUGUAUUUUGUUCAUUUGGCUACUGUGAGACUACUGUAUAUAUGCUGACUGUUUUAAGUGAGUGUAUUGUUCAUGCCAGAUAUGGAAUUUCACUUUGUUCACCAUUACCAUUCUUGACAUUUUAGUCGAGAGAUGAGGGAAAGACAAAAACAAACACAAUCACUGAUAAAUGCAAAAGGACUUGUAUGGUAGAUCCACAAUGCCUCCUCUCUGCUAGCUAGCCUGCUGUGGAGGGCGACAUGGUCUCAUGAAACACAGGGCAUGUCAGGUACAGGACAAGUACUUUAACACCAGACAAGACCAACCACGAUAAUGUUAAUCCAGUACGGCACACUAUAUUGGAUGAGAUAAUCAAUGUGGUUGUGUUGGUGAUAAUGACGAAAAUAUACAGUACAUCAUUUUGCCACCACACUACAUACAAGACUUAUGAGUCCUCCAUUGUAGAGGUCUUAAGUAGGGUGGUGCAGAAUUAUAGUAAAUCUCAAGGGCAGUUUUUGGAGUGUCAGUUAUUUACAGUAUAUUACUUGUCUGCAAUUCAACCUCGCAAUUAUACAGUAUCAUAGGUUAUAUCAUCAGUUAUCCUUCAAAAGCCAGUAAAAGUUGUUUGUCUGUGGGUGGCUUCUAGGUCUGGACAGACAGGCCCUGCUUUCUAACAUUAGUUAGUUUAUUAUUCGAUUUUGCAUCAGAGAAGGGUAUAGUUUUGCCUAAUGCCAGGAAAAUAACAUACUCCAGUUUUACGGCAAUACAGUAGACACCGAGUUGUAAUGAUGAUGUCAUUUCUCGUAUCUCAUUAUUUUGCAUGACUCUUCUUCUGCAGGAAUACUUGGCCAAUGGAAUAGAUAAAUGUACUAACUAGUCCUUCACUUUUGUUGUCUUGCUGAAAGUUGACAAUCCUUUCUAAGAGUUUGACUGUACCUUCAACAAAUGAGAAAGUUGUUGCUGUAAGCAUUUUACAUGUGAUUAUAUUCAAGGCAUUUCAAUGGGCUUUUCUACAUGAGUGGUGGUGGUUUGACUCUAAUUUUACAAAUGGAUUGGUGCCCAUUGUACGGCUUAAACACAGAAAGGUCUGUGUCAAUGCUGAUAAUUCAGCUUGGCUCUUAGAACACUGUAUAUAAAUCUCCAAUGCUCUCUGUAUAUCAUUUUGCAGUUACAUAUUUUCCCAGUCAGUUUUCAGUAUAUGAGGGCAAAACAAAUCCCUAUACCAUCAAUUGUACAGACAGACAAUCAAUUUUCCAUUCCUUUUUUUUCUCUCAGCAUUCAUCUCCCACCAAGCUUGUCUUUGCAAACAAGUUGUUUGUGUGAGCAGUUUUUAAUCUCUUUGUGGCAGUCUCUCUCACACAGUCACACGGUCAAAGCUGUUUGGCCCUUGGGUGUGGGACGCAAACUGUUCAUGGGGUGAGAUGGGAGCUAGAAUGUCCUUAGAGAAAAUAAACUCUCUUCCACUUGCUUCCCUUCCCAGAUUCAGCCCUGUCUCACUGAUGGGUUAGAAUAGUACCAACUAACUGGAGUCGUAGUGCAGCAACUCCAGACACACAACGUUUGUGAGGUUUUCUAACAUCUGUCUUUGUGUUACCAGCAAACUGGAUGGAUUAAUAAAUGAAAUGCUAUUCUACCAACCCCCCAACGUCAACUUGCUAUACAUUUACAUUACAUUUAAGUCAUUUAGCAGACGCUCUUAUCCAGAGCGACUUACAAAUUGGUGCAUUCACCGCUAUAGUGGGAGUCUGUAUACAGUAUCACCUGUGCCAUGCUCAUCACAUAUACCGCUGUGGGAAUCAAAGCCCAUGUAGGUACAGGUACACAUACACCAAUCUGCAUGUUUGACCUGAGGAGGGGUGUUUGUUUGGCACCAGCUGGUGCUGUUUGCCAUGUUUUAGAAAUAUGCCUUGGCCAAACAUGAAUAAAUAUGCCCACAAUGAUAACACAGCAUUGCUGCCCUUCCCUGAUAAAACACAUCAUCCAUUUUCAGGGUCAUCGAGCCAAGGAGGUAAAUCCUUUAUUUUUCAGUAGUGUUGAAGACCACUGUUUGGUCAAAAUUUAGCCCAUCCCACAAGUCUGUUUCUUGGGGGAGAGGGGGGAGCUACUGUAGUCUCAGAUUGGUGGAUAGUUCUCUUUGUAAUGAUUUCUGUGCCCUGUGGCUAUAUUGCAUCAGUGACUUGUGCUCCGCAGAACAUUUUGCUUGGUCUGAGUUAAAUAGUAGAAAAAAAUGUAUGAAGAAAUAUAUCAUGCCUAACACUGACACUGUCAUAAUGUAGCUCUGCCUGAAAAUGGUGGUUUACAGACAAGUAUAUGCUACAAAAUCCUCCAUUUUCUUUUCUACCAAUCAAUAUCUUGAUAGUCUGCUACAAAAAGAUAUUGACAUGGAAGUUUUAAAAGUCAAUAUAAAUAGUGAAUCAUCAAUGUAUAUACUGUAAUUUAAAGAGAAAGUGAACGUUGUACUGGGUAAACCACUAUUUUCAUGCAGUGGCCCUCUGUAUUUAAACCAAUUUGAAAAAGACAAAAAAAAUGUAUUUUACCUGUACUGAUCUGUGAAUCUAUGAUGCUUUUGCUCUGUAUAUUUGGGGGAAAAAAUAAUAAUAAUUGUCUGAACAUGUCUUGA